AUGUCCUCUCCAAGUGCAUCAGAACCAAGCGGAGUCGGAAACGAGAAGCCCCAUCCAUCAACGAAUCAGAAUCACGAUCGCAUCAGUAAGCUUUCAAUACGCCCAUCCAACUCCCUUCUACCUCCAAUUUUGAGAUACUUUGUGCAGGGCACGUUCCGAUGGCAAGUCCAUGAGAAGUGGAGUUUACUUUCUUGGAGAGCCUUCUUCAAAGAAUAUCGAUAUGAAAUUGUUACAGGAUUAUUUUCAUUGAUUGGCUCGACGCUGAGUUUUGUGAAUUGGAAUUGGAUGACGAGUGGAAUUGCUGUUUCAUGGAAUAUUGAUUUGGAACAAGAUUCAAUUUCAUUUCAAGUGAAAAAGAGUUUUAAUGAUUUGACCAGAGAUGAAGCUGUCCAAACUCUGAGGCAAUUAAAUUAUGUGUCACAAGAUGUACCUAUUGGAUCCAAUAAUAUUCUCGUCCUUAAUGAUAGAGAAAUUGAAAUUACCUUGAGAAGACAAUCUCAUCCAUACCUUGUAAAUUUUGUCGAACAACGGGACGAAGAAUUCAAAGACAAUAUGAAAAAGAGCGCUUAUUUUACAAUUGUGGUGGUGUUGGUUGUCAAUUGGAUUCGUUCUAGAAUAAAGUAG